CCUGUUGGGUCAAUCUCAUUCCCUAACCGGGUUUGUAUGUUUACCUUGGUUUUAUUGAAUGAUGAAGCUGAUCCUCGGCUCCGCGUCGCGGUCGCGCCGUCAGAUUCUUUCCGAGAUGGGCUACCAGUUCACAGUGCUUAGCGCGGACAUUGACGAGGAGAUCAGAAUAGAGAAGCCAGAGGAACUGGUGGUCGCCUUGGCUCACGAGAAAGCAAAUGCAAUAUUGACGAAGAUGGUGAAAAAUGGGAUGAUGCAAGAUAUUGUUGAAUCUCAAGAGACUACCUUGUUGAUCACUGCUGACAAAGUUGUGAUCCAUGAUGGAGUUAUUCGCAAAAAACCUACCACUUCAGAAGGGGCACGUAAAUUCAUCCAAGGUUACUCCCAAAGCCAUGCUUCAACAAUUGGAUCUGUUCUUGUUACAAAUAUGAAAAGUUGUGUUAGAAUGGAAGGAUGGGAUAAAUCUGAAGUUUACUUCCACAAGAUACCCGAUGAAGUAAUUGAUAGCCUGAUUGAGGAGGGCAGUGUCUUCUACGUAGCUGGUGGCCUUCUAGUGGAGCAUCCGCUGACUUCGCCCCUCGUGGAAUCCAUUGUCGGUACAAUGGAUAGUGUAAUGGGGCUUCCUAAAGAACUCACGGAGAAGCUCAUCAAGGCUUCACUUCAGGAGUCCUAGCUGCAAAUUUCCGGACUAAGCUGGAUGGUGCCUGGUGACCCGAAAAUAAAUCUCAUAUCAGGACGGAGGGGGUGUAGCUAGCAGCAUCUUUGGAGUCUUGUUCUGCUACCAAACUCCCAGUUAGUG